AGCCAUUCAGACCGUUUUCUCCGAUAACUUCAGAUCCAUUAUUCCCGAUCACGCUCAUCCCCGCCGGCGAAGUCUGCAACUGUGAGAAAUGGAGUCUACCGGAAAAGUUAAGAAGGGGGCCGGUGGAAGGAAGGGUGGUGGUCCCAAGAAGAAGCCAGUGUCUCGGUCCGUUAAGGCCGGUUUGCAGUUCCCGGUCGGAAGGAUUGGUCGUUACCUGAAGAAGGGCCGGUACUCCCAGCGUGUAGGGACUGGUGCUCCAGUGUACUUGGCUGCCGUGCUUGAGUACCUGGCCGCAGAAGUGCUAGAGUUGGCUGGAAAUGCAGCUCGGGACAAUAAGAAGAACAGGAUCAUUCCAAGGCACGUUCUAUUGGCAGUAAGAAACGACGAGGAAUUAGGAAAGCUGCUCUCUGGAGUGACCAUUGCUCAUGGAGGCGUUCUCCCCAACAUCAACCCAGUACUCUUGCCAAAGAAGACAGACAAGGCCACGAAAGAGCCCAAGUCACCUUCCAAGGCCACCAAGUCUCCCAAGAAGGCUUAACCAUUGCAGCUACGCCCUUUUCCAUUUGUAUGUAAUGUGGGUUUAGAAGUCCUCUUCUUUCUUUUGUUCAUGUUUAGGGAGGAGUCAGGAAUUGAAAACAUUGUACUUCUUGAAACUCUUAAUGUUAUUUCUUUUAGGAUUUUCUCUUUGAAUCAAUGGAUGAAACCCCUAGUUUUGCCCAAAA